UAUUAAUUAAUUAUUUUAUAUUUAUUCUUCAGUGAUAUAGAUGAAGAAAUAACAAAUUUAAAUAGAUUUACCACUGAGUUGACUGUGAACGCAGCAGUGAGAUGCUUGGAGAUAAUAAAGCCGGGAGUUGAAUUGUCCAGGACACUGCCUGUUAAUAUGGCGGCAAGAUUUCGCACCGGUGCUACUCUAGCACAAAUAUGUUCGGAUUUGGGGUAUCGAGGAGAUAUCGGCUACCAAACAUUCCUUUACAGUUCCGAGAGUGACCUAAGAAGGGUCUUUAUGUUCCUGAUAGACAAGCUGCCAAAAGACAGCGAAAAGGAAGCAAAUGGGUUGCUGCUGAGCAGGUACGACGAGCUGGAACGAAAAGUAGGGAAUAUUUUGGUCCAACAAUUUUCCAGGGCAUGGUUGCCCCAUUACUGUCACAAAGUUCUCAGUGGAGGCCACAGGAAAAUUCCAUUCCGGAGUGUCGAUGUUGAAGUUAUUUCUCUAAAUGCUGAUGAUAAUGUCAAAGAUUACCAAACACGCUACCAAUUGGCAAUUAAUGAACAAUUACCGAGUCCUAAUACUUUGAUGCCUUCAGUAAUUUCCAGUGAUUCAAGAAUUUUAUACUCUAAGCCUUGUGAUAUUUCUCCACGCAUUGACUGGCUUAAUUCUAAAUUAAAUAAUAAUAAUAUUAAUAUUAACAAUAAUGAUAAUAAUAAUACAAGACUGAUGAGCAGAUUUUCGCUGAAUGAGCGACUGAGUACCGAAAAAACAAAAUUAAAUAAAACUCCUGAAAAAAUAAAGAGCAAAAAUGAAAAUAAAGAAAUUGAAGAGCCAAAAAAUGAAGAAAGAGAAGAAGAAAAAAAAGAACAGUCCGAGUUGAAAGUUCUAAAAGCAGAGUGCGACGCCUUGCGGUCAGAGUACGAAGAACUGGUGGCAGAAGUUGGGAAACUGGAGGGGCAGCUGGUAGAGGAGAGGGGGAAGGUGCAGGAGGCAGAAGUGAAGUUCGAGAAGUUCAAGGAGGAGCACAAGGUGAAGAAUAAAAUAUACGAGCUGCUGGAUGACGGGGAGAAUAAUGUGAAGAAGCUUGAGGAGGCUAUUGAGGCGGGUAAGGGUAAAUUGGUCAACUUGGCAGAGCAAUGGGAGAAGCAUCGCGCGCCGCUGAUCAAUCAGUACCGGGACCAAAGGGACAAAUUUUAUAAACAAGCUAGUACAAGUCAGAAAAAAUUGGACGAACUUCGCCAGCUGAAAGAAACAGAGCGCGAGUUAUUAGAAGAAUGUCAGCGGAAGGACCAGCAAUACACCCAGUUGCUAUCCGAAGUAUCAAAGCUCCCUAAGGAUAUGAACCGCUCCGCGUACACGCAGCGGAUUUUGGAGAUAAUUAACAAUGUGCGCAAGCAGAAGGACGAGAUUGACAAGGUCCUGGCAGAUACAAGGGAAAUUCAGAAGGAGAUUAAUAUUCUGACCGGAAAAGUCGAGCGGUCUUUCACUGUCGUGGAUGAGCUGAUAUUCCGCGAUGCUAAGACUAAUGAAACUUCGAGGAAAGCUUACAAGCUGCUGGCUACUUUGCAUACUGAUUGUGCGGAGCUGAUUAAUCUGGUAGAGGAGACUGGGACUGUUGUCAGAGAAAUUAGAGAUCUGGAAGAACAGAUCGACACUGAGUCCAAGAAAAACAUCGGCGCCAACCUGGAGCGCAUUACCGCCGACCUGGAACAAAUGCGCCAAGAAACAGCGUCUCUGACAGCACAAUUAGAAAAGAAGAGGCAGGCAAAAGCUGCCGAAGUUCCUCAAACGCCCUCUACGGGCAGCACGCGACUUAAUUUCCGGAGGCACGUAGUUGUCGUCCUCGUCGAUCUUUUUCUUGGACGGAGGCCCGUACAUUUCGAGCUCUCGCUGGAGCUUGUCCUCGAUCUUGAGCUCGAUUUCUUCCUCGUGGUCGAAGAAAGUUAG